GCGAAUGUUGAUCUUGAACGUCUGUCUGCUUUCCUUUUCCAUCGCCAUCAUCUUCCCCCUCAACCCGAUUUUCAUCCCAGAGCCGAGCAGCCUCUCCGCGAACCGGAAGCCAAUGGUGGCGGACAACCAAAAACUGGCCCAGCUAUGGACAACCUAAGUGCUGCCAUAGCGUCCAGCAGUUAUGUGCUAAAACUCGGUUGUCAUAUGGUACCCAUUUCUGACGAGGAUAGUGGGCCUAGGCUCUUCACACAUUCAAGAUCCGCCACCAAAAUAGAGAUCAUACUUGCCGUCAACCAAACACGCCGGCUACCAUGUACCUGUCUCAGCCCAGAGCUGGAAUUCCCCUCCCCCCUACAACUACUUGGAGGUACCCUUCAUCAGUUUCCCCUGAAAGUUGCGUUUAAACGGGCUGUAUUGCUGCCAAAUGGAAUAUGGUGUGCAGAUAACGGGUCCCUUGGAAGGGAAACGCUUCUUCCAUCCGGCACCUCCGCUUCACCAAGGAACAUGGUCGUCCGACAAAGCGAUAUCCCCCGGGCCGUCCCUCAACGCAAAGACCUAGAGAAGGAUAAUGAACCUCAUGCUCCUCCUGGAGACAAAGUUCUAGAAGCCGGCGACGGACUAAUGAUGGAUACCUCUCAACCUGAAGAACUACAAGCAUGGCCAGCCAUCAUUUCCAAUCUGCAUGGCAGGCUCGUGGAGGGGCAAAUAUGGCCGGCGACUCUUUCGCCAAGUCGGCGGCUCGUUUCCUUCUCCGAGCCAUGAGUUUGGUAACCGUUUUCUCGGCGAACACUUGCCAUAUCAGAUCUCCUGCUCUGUUCCUGGGGUUCGGUCUACGAACGGCCUAGGCCAUCCGGUCCCGACUCGCCUACCUGACUUGACACAUUGUCUCGGUCUCCGAAGCACAGAAGAAACACAUGCUCGUCUGUCUCUGCAACUGAAUCCGACGGCAUGGU